GAUUGCAGUCGUGUCCUUUUUCGACGAGCGUCAGCUUUACGGGUCCUUUCUCAAGUUUUGACCACUCCAUUCUGAAUUGACCACCGUUCUUCGGAACCGCACAUCACCGUUGAGAGAGAACCACGUGAAGUCAGAUCGAACCAACACAAAUCAAACAAAAUGCCUGGACCAGCAGUAAGUGCAACUAGUGUGGGGGCGUCAAGCCGUUCCCCCAGCAAGACAGUGGCCCCCCGUGCAGCGGGCUCCACAGUCAGACAGAGGAAAGCAACCAGCAGCGGUACCCGCAGCGGAGGCAGGGCCACUGGAUCGGCCGGCACCGGGGGAAUGUGGCGCUUUUACACCGAGGACUCGCCGGGUCUUAAAGUCGGCCCAGUGCCAGUGUUGGUGAUGAGUUUGCUUUUCAUCGCGUCCGUCUUCAUGCUUCACAUCUGGGGUAAAUACACGCGCUCUUAACCUCCAGCCCGACCACUUGCGACCCCCCCGCACCUCGCCAUCUUAACGCAUCGGACCAGGACCAAACCCCAUAUGAAACUGACCAUCGGAACUUGUACAAAGCAUGCCAACUGGAUUUUUAUGGCAGAUAUUUUCAACACUUGUGGUGUCAUACAAAUGCAAAGGCAAAUGCUCAGUGCAGCGCUCAAGGACAGUUGAGUUGAUUUCAGGAAAAAUGCCUGGAAUAUAUUUUUUGUUUGCAGCCUUUUUUUUUUUUUUAUCGACCAUGUUCAUUUAAAAAAAAUGCAAAGGAGCCUUGGAUUUCACUAUCCAUAAGUUUUGAAAUUGUUCACGACAAGAAAUCUCGAGUUUAGUUUCUGUAACUUAUGUUAAAGUCAGUCAUCAAAAGUGUCAAUCUCAUAGGACACAAAUGAAAUUUGUACAAGAUGUGAUUUGUAUUGUACAAUAAAACAAGCAACCAAAACAU